AUGCGGUUCUCCCCAGCGACCUUGCUCAUCACAGCGCUGACCUGGAUCACCGCCGUGACAGCACACAACAUCCAACUUCGGGCACACUCGAGAGAAUGCUUUCACGAACCGUUGCAUAAGGAUGACCGGAUGACUGUCACAUUCCAGGUUGGUGACAGAGAGUUUGGAGGUAGUGGAAACCUUGAGGUUGAUUUCUGGGUCGAGGACCCCUUAAGGAACCGUCAAUACUUCAAGCAGGCCAUUUCCUCCGACGACUACAGUUUCACUGCCCACGCCGAUGGCAAGUACAUCUACUGCUUCAGCAACGAAGGCUGGACAUCCAACUCCAAAGAGGUCUCUUUCAACGUGCACGGAAUCGUCUACGUCCCCGAAUCGGAAGCGCAGGAUCCUUUGGAUACUGAAGUCCGUCGACUCUCGGAAGCUUUGGCUCAAGUUAAGGAUGAACAAUCGUACAUUGUGGUGAGAGAGCGGGUACACCGGAACACAGCGGAGAGCACCAAUGCGCGAGUGAAGUGGUGGAGUAUCUUCCAGCUUGCCGUGCUUAUCGGAGAGGGUGUCUUCCAGGUGUGGUGGUUGAAGAGAUUCUUCGAGGUUAAGCGGGUUGUCUAA